UUUAAGCGUUCAGAGUUGUUUCUAUUAUCAGGGAUGUUUCUAUUUUGUCUGGACUGGUAGGAGAAAUUAUUUCGUAUGGGUAGGAAGUUGGGGUUAAAGGAACGGGUUCGGUUUGGAUAGGGUCCAUAAAGUCUUGCUCUUGUAUAACAGUCUGCGAUUAAAUGGCCCAUUUUGUGGCAGUAGCUACACGUUUUAAAUGCAUUGGGGUUGGGGUUUCUAUUCUGAUAUUGAUUAAAAUUCCGAUUGUUCUGGGGUCGAAAUCCGAAAUUUUGUGGUCCAUUUCCACGAAAAUUUCUUUGGGGGUUGUAUUGAUUCCAGUUGGGGUUCCUAGGAGGAGGGUUAUAGCUAGGGGUUGA